AUGACCACCACCGCACAAUAUGAUGACCCGACCUUCUUCGCUAAAUACUCCCAGUUGUCCCUAAACAGAGCCGGAGUGAAGGAUAUUCUGCAAUGGCCUACCAUAAGCCGCAACAUAGGCCAUGUUACCAACCAAACUGUGCUUGAUCUGGGCUGCGGUUUCGGCCAGUUCUGCCGCUGGGCCUCAGAAAAUGGUGCUGCCUCUGUGCAUGGUAUUGAUGCUUCUGCAAAAAUGCUGGAAAAGGCGCGGGAGCUCAACAAUGCAGACAAUAUCACCUAUGAACAAGGGGACCUCGACUUGUCCUUGAAGCAUCCCAACGCGCUGAAACUCCGAGAAAAUGCAUAUGAUCUUGUUCAUAGCUCCCUGGCACUCCAUUAUGCGGACAAUAUUGCAGCCACCUUCGCGGCUAUCUACAAAGCUCUGAAGCCAGGAGGCCGAUUUGUCUUCUCAGUGCAGCAUCCUACCUUCUCAGCACCGCGGACUCCAAACUGGGGGGUGCGAAAGGAUAGUGGAACGCUUUUUUGGGAGCUUGAGAGUUACGGCUCUGAAGGGCCUCGAAUGAUUAAUUUUCUGGGCCAACCGAUCCGCGCGUAUCACCGUACAAUGGAGACCUAUAUCUCUUUACUAUUAGAGAAUGGGUUUAUGUUGGUUGACUUCAAGGAGUGCAUACCUCCUCCUGGUGUAUUGCCAGAGAUGCAUCUGGAUCAUGGAAAGGAGGGCCAUCGUCCUUUGUUCUUGAUUCUUGCUGCUAGGAAGGUUCAUGUUUCUAGUUCUGACAGCAGGGGCUAG